UGUCACGCCGGAUACACUGUUAUGUCGAAGAACGCUUUUUACAAAAUAAGAAGACAUUUUUUAUUUAAUGAACAUAUGAUAUAAAAUGAUCCAAGAUAAUCGACAGCAGAUCGAUGGCGAUAAAGACUUUCAAUGGGCAUUUUACUUGAACCGAAUAUUUCUCACUAUAUUGGGUGUCUGGCCAAGCGAUGAAAAAGAAAGCAGAUUAAAAUCUUUACGACUCCCAUUGAUGUUCAUAGCCCCAGUGUGUGGCAUAUGUUUGCCAGCGACUUACGCUCUUAUUCAGGUUCAAGAUCAGCUAAACUUGGUGAUCGACAAUUUACUUAUUAAUAUUUCGCAUUUGGUUGCUGCUGCUAAAAUUUUUCUUCUUUGGUAUUACCGAUCGAAUUACAUUAUGCUGAUCAAAUGGUCGGAAAUCAACUGGUCCCGAUGUACCACAAGCUGGGAGCGACAAUUGAUGGCAAAACAAGCUAGCCGUGGACGUUUUCUUAGCGGAUUCAGCUACAUCACCAUAUUCAUCCACGUGAACGGCUUCGUUUGGUCCCCCGUGUUCGAUCUAGGAAUACGUAUUGUCAACAACAUAACCGAUCCAAAUCCACAACGUUAUUUACCUGUUCAAUCUUAUUACCCAUACGAUUCCAACAAAAGCCCUUACUACGAGCUGACUUAUUUUAGCCAGAUAUUCUCUAUAUGCUUGUCUUCAAUAGCCUAUGCGUCGGUCGACACUUUGUUCAAUGUCCUUGUUUUUCACGCCAGCGGGCAGAGUGAGAUACUAGCUGAAAAUAUGAGCAGACUUGGCGAUCGACAAGAACAUCAGUCAUUGCAAUGUAAAGUCAAAGAGCUGAUCGACUCUCAUAAUGAGCUCGCAAGAUUUGUCAUGACCAUCGAAAAGUCAUUCACCGUUACGAUUUUCAUUCAAUUAUUCGGUGCGGUGAUACUCGUAUGCAGCAGUAUUUAUGCUUGCGUCAAGGCCAUCAAUGAGAACUCGUCGAUAAAGCAAUUGUCAACACUUGUCUUGGGUGCUGUGAACGUGAACGAACACAUAGUUAUUUAUUGUUUGACAUGCGAAAUUCUGGCAGCUAACAGCUUGGAAAUCUUCAAUGGCAUUUACAGCUCGAAAUGGUAUAAUUUGCCAGCAAAAGAGGCUCGAUACGUUACUAUGGUAUUGGCUCGCACUCGAUACCCUUUGCGACUGUCUGCUGGCAAAUUCUUCUAUUUAUCGAUGAACUCUUAUAUUCAAAUUCUUAAAACGACUGCUGGGUACAUUUCCAUGUUGCUGACCGUUAGUUAGAUAUUUAAUAUAACUUCUAGUAAUAUUAUAAGAUAAAUAGUACAGUGUAUGCAAUUUGUACUGAUUUCUUUAAACGAUAUUCAUAAGGGCAAAUAAA